UGGUUGCCGGGCGCGGCGUGAAGGUUCGGACACCAUCCGCUCCUUUCUUCGACGCCUGCCCGCCCGUCUAGCAGAGCGAUCGGCUGGGACUGAGCCUUGGGCGGCCGAGGGGCCGAGAGCCAUGAGGCCCGGGGGCGGCUGCCCUGCGAGGCUGCUGCUGGCGGGGGGCUGGGCGCUCCUGGCGGCGGGCUGGGUGCUCCUAGCCGGCCUGCAGGCCGCCCGCGGGCUCAACGCCACGGCCUUCCACGACCCCAUCCCCGGCCGGGCCCGCUCCCUGGACGAGGAGGAGGUGGAGGAGGAGGAGGAGGGCGGCGAUGGCCAGGGCGAGGCCGAGGGCGAGGAGGAGAACUACUCGGUAGGCGAGUCGGAGCACCUGCCCUUGCGGGAGGGCGAAGAGGAGGAGGAAGAUGGUUCAGAUAUGAAAAUAGUCAAAGAAGUAGAAUUUGGAAUGUGCACUGUUACAUGUGGUGUUGGUAUUAGAGAAGUUAUGUUGACAAAGGGAUGCCCUGGAGGUGAAUCUAAGUGCAUUGUACGGGUGGAAGAAUGUCGCGGACCAAUAGACUGUGGCUGGGGUAAACCAAUAUCAGAAAGUCUUGACAGUGUGAGACUGUCAUGUGUUCAUACAGCUCCUGAAAAUCGUUUCAAAUAUGUCUGGAAAGUUCUAAGGCCAGAGCAACAACCCGUUGUUCUUGCAAAUGAUUCAGCAAUCCUGGACAUAAGCAGGCCAAUUCACCCCGUGGAUUACGAGUGCGAUACCUUCGAGAAUAAUGAAAUAGUAGCAUCUCUUAGAUUCACAGUCUAUACAUCAAAUGAAUUGCAGAUGAAAAGAUCAAGACGACCGGACACUGACGCAGUGCUGGUUUUUGUGCUGACCAUAGGAGUUGUGAUGUGUAUAUUUGUGAUCUUUGUACUGGUCUUCAUAAUUAUAAACUGGGCGUCAGUAAAGACUUUCUGGGAGGGAAAAGCCUCAGGAACUGAGGUACGUUCUGAGCAGACUUCACUGAAACGCAAAAGAUCAGUUUCUAUGGAACGAUCACCAGCACAUGGACGUGAAGAGGAUGCACUGAGCGAGUGGAAUGAUUAAUGUAUAACAAGCCAAAGGAGAGUAGAGCAUACCAGAUUGAUUAUUAUAA